AUGCCAUCUGAAGGACACAACAUACCAUAUUUAAGAGAAGUGAUUGGUACAACCACAUUGCUAUAUAUUAGACCAAUCAAGUGUGUGAUAUCCACAGAAAAGUCGGAUGUGGAAGCAACAUCAACCUCGCCGACAACUGAAUGCAGUGGUUGCCAAGAGCGGAUGCUAAUCUCAAGCUUGCGCCAGCAUAAGUUUGAAUGUAAAUCAAUGGUCUGCAAAUCUGAUGAUAGUGACGAUGAAAUUAAUAUGCAUAAAGAGGACACCAAAUCCAGUACUGCAUCAAAAUUUCAUGAGGAGAAGAAAAACUCACAACAUGAUGAAGUUAUCUCAAUUCUCGAUGAUGGUGAAGGCCCUUUUAAGCGAACAUGGUCAAGUCAGCUUAAGCACGUAUUACCUGAUUCAGAAAUGGAAGAGCUGGAAGAAGUAUCCUUACAAUCUGCAUCAUUAGAUGAAGCUGCUGAGCUUAUGUUAAACAAACUUGGUAAGGAUGAAGAUGAAGCUACGUCAAUAGAAGAUCUUGUUGAAACGUUUGCCAAGAGAAAUUCAUUAGAAAGUGGUGAAGACGAAUUUGUAAUUGUUGACCGAGAGUCGUUUUGGAUUGAUGUCAUAAGGUUUUAUAAAAAAAGCAAUUGGAAAACCAGAACUUUUAAAAAGAGAGUUGUCUGUGUCAUUCAAGAACGAAGAUGGGUUGGACGGUGGUGCAAUGAAAAUUGA